UACCAGCUGCACCUGAACGUCACAUCGUUACCUGAAACUAAAGGUGGGUGUCUCCUCCUCUGUGGAUGCCGCGCCCCUCCACACACACACACACACACACACACACACACACGGCAUCUUCCAGGAAGAAACCCCGGAAUAAAACCCGUCAGUCGGUGAAUGAGCAGCUCCUCUCAGGUUUAAGGAGGAUUUCCAGGAGCUGCUGUUGAGACGGACACACAGUCACCAUGCUGAUUAAAGAGUUCCGAAUUGUCCUGCCCAUUUCAGUGGAGGAGUACCAAGUGGGUCAGCUGUACGCAGUAGCAGAGGCCAGUAAGAAUGAGACAGGUGGAGGAGAAGGUGUGGAGGUGUUGGAAAACAAGCCCUAUGAGAAUGAGGAUGGAGAGAAGGGGCAGUACACCCACAAGAUCUACCACCUGAAGAGUAAAGUGCCAGCUAUUAUCCGCUCGGUUGCUCCGAAAGGUUCUCUGGAGGUUCACGAGAAGGCCUGGAACGCAUAUCCUUACUGUAAAACUAGUGAGUCCCACCUCAUACAUGUUUGGGGACAAUGAAAAACACUGUAUACGGGUUAGCAGCCCGUCCUCCAUCAGUGCCUUGUGGUCCCAUUAUACAGACCAACCCCAGUGUUGUUGAAUUUCACAAAUGAAAAGCUUGGUGGCUAUAAUCUGUUUAUAAUCUAAAACCUCUCCUCUCUUUCCAUCUCCGCCCCCCUUCUCUGCUCUUCAGUCCUUACAAAUGCGUACAUGAAAGACAACUUUGAGAUUAAGAUUGAGACGUGGCACAAACCUGAUAUGGGGGACCAGAAUAAUGUACACAGACUAGACGAAGGCACAUGGAAAUCAGUGGAAGUAGUUGACAUUGACAUUGCUGACAGGAGUUCCAUAAGUGCAAAGGACUACAACCCAGAACAAGAUCCAGCCCUCUUUAAGUCAGAGAAGACAGGUCGAGGGCCGUUGGGACCUGGGUGGAAGAAAGAACUCGCCAACAACCCCGACUGUCCUCACAUGUGUGCCUAUAAGCUCGCCUCUGUUCAUUUCAAGUGGACGCUAAUAGGGAAGACUGUGGAGGGUGCGAUUCAAAAGAUAGAGAAACGCAUCUUCACCCACUUCCACAGACAACUGUUCUGCUGGAUCGACAAAUGGAUCAAUCUGACGAUGGACGACAUACGGCGCAUGGAGGAGGAGACAAAGGCGGAGCUGGAUGAGAUGAGGAAGAACGAUGAAGUCAAGGGCAUGGGAGCUGAAGGCAACUGAUGACACCUGACUGGCUAACCCAAUCAUUCCCUGACACAGAAGGAUGUGACUUCAGCCAGCGAGCUCGGAGUCUUCUCCUUGGAUGCUGGACCGAGAGCAGCUUGAUAGGCAUAAUCAAGAAUACCACGCUUAGAUACUAAUAAAAUUUGCUCUUAAUAAGAGCUCCUUAUUGUAAAGCAGUUGUGUGUAUUUAUCUAUGACAUGUGAAUACAACUACAGUAGCGUUUAGGUUUGUUUUUUUUAAGGGACAAGUUUGCAAGUUGGGGAAUCUGUUCUUGCUUAUGCCUAUUUAGUCCUCUUAAGUUUUACAUUAGGGGAAAGGUUGUGGGUGUUCACUGAGGAAAUGUUUCUGACUACUGGUGUCCUUUUAAUUGCAGUUAUUUGGGUUGUGUUCGUUUCCUGAUUUUGUAUUUUCUCAGUGAUUUAUUGUUUGUUUUAUUCCACUCCUGUCUGUAUCCAUAAAAGCUCCAGUCACUAGGAUCUUACAGACCUUCUGUCUUUAUAAUAAUUUACCAAAAUGAAACAGACUAAACCGGUUUUGAGAAAAUUCUUAAUCUUUCUCGCCCCACAACCUGCACUUUGGCUCUGUUCUGUCAAACUGUUAAAUUCCUCCACCCUUAAAGUUUCCUUAAAGUGAUUUGAUUGAUCAUAACAUGCUGGCUGGGGCAUUGCAAUAAAAAUACAGCUUAUGAUUUACCUAAAAAACAUAUGAGGUGUUUACUUUGAAAGGACUCCAUGAGAGGCAUUUGAUAUAACUCCAGAGUGGCGGUGCUCCUGGUCCGACUGCACCUGCUGUGUCAGGUGGUUGGUUUAGCUUCAGACAAAGACGCCAGCUGCUGUUUUGUAAUUAAAGCUUUGGUUUAGGUUUUGAGUGUUGGUGAUGAUGAUGAUGAUGAUGUGUAAGAAGAAGCUGAACUGAAAAUGAUCAACACGCGCAGUUCCGUCUUGAGUUCAGGAGUUAGGCCGACAUCAUUGUGAGUCUUGUCCUGUGUUGAAUGAAUUAACCUGGGUUUUAAUGUUAUGAGUUGUAUGAUUGUGUAGUAUAUUAAAGACAAUGUAUUCGUUCAUGG